AUGAGAUCAAAAAAGAGGUCACAAAGACAACAAAACAAAUUAAAUAAGAAACACAUUGAAAUUAAACGCAAAAAUGAGGAAUAUCAAAAAGAUGAACGUUUAAAAAAUAAAGAAUAUAAAAGAAUUAUCAGACAAGACGACUUGUAUAAAGAACGCGAACGCUUAAAUAAUAUAAAAUUAACUCAAAAAUUAAGAGAAGACGAGAUGUACAAAGAACGCGAGCGCUUGAGUAAUAAAGAAUCAAUGCAAAAAAUAAGAGAAGACGAGAUGUACAAAGAGCGCGAACGUUUGAGCAAUAAAGAAUCAAUGCAAAAAAUAAGAGAAGACGAGAUGUACAAAGAGCGCGAGCGCUUGAGCAAUAAAGAAUCAAUGCAAAAAAUAAGAGAAGACGAGAUGUACAAAGAGCGCGAGCGCUUGAGCAAUAAAGAAUCAAUGCAAAAAAUAAGAGAAGACGAGAUGUACAAAGAGCGCGAGCGCUUGAGCAAUAAAGAAUCAAUGCAAAAAAUAAGAGAAGACGAGAUGUACAAAGAACGCGAGCGCCUUAGUAAUAAGGAAUCAAAAAAGAAAGUAAGAGAAGACAAGACGUAUAAAGAGCGCGAGCGCUUGAGCAAUAAAGAAUCCAUGCAAAAAAUAAGAGAAGACGAGAUGUACAAGGAGCGCGAGCGCUUGAGUAAUAAAGAAUCAAUGCAAAAAAUAAGAGAAGACGAGAUGUACAAAGAACGCGAGCGCCUGAGUAAUAAAGAAUCGAAGAAGAAAAUAAGAGAAGACGAGAUGUACAAAGAACGCGAGCGCCUGAGUAAUAAAGAAUCGAUGAAGAAAAUAAGAGAAGAUGAAGAAUAUCGACAAAAAGAAAAAAAUAGAGAUAAAAUAGCCAAGCAAAAUAAAAGAAAAUUGGACUUAUUCAAACAAAGAGAGUUAUACUAUAAUUCCCUGAUGAGAAGUCAGUCAGGUGCGGCCAAAAUUUAUUUACAAUUUAUAAAAGAUAAGGCAAUUUUGCCUGACUUGAUAUGCUGUUGCUGCGAAGGAUUAUUUUUCUCUCAUUCCGUUGUCAAAUACCUGGAAAACAUGGUUCGGCAAAAAUAUUCAGACGAUUUUCAUGAUAAAAUUUUUAAUUAUGACUCUGCGUACAUAUGUAAAACCUGUCAAAAUUCUGUAAAUAAAGGUAAAAUACCAAAAUUAGCUACUAGCAAUGGAUUAAAAUUCAUUGAUAUUCCAAACUGUUUGAAAAUAAUGACAGCCCUUGAAGAAAGAAUGGUAGCUCCUUAUAUUAAUUUUAUGCAAAUACGACCACUAAAAACAUUUGCUUUGAAUCCACAAUUAGGAAUAAAAGGUAGCGUUGUAAAUAUACCAAUUGAAAUUAACGAUAUGUUACAAGUGCUACCACGGAAGUUCGAUAAUAUGGCUACACUUCAAAUUAAAUUGAAACGACACAUGCUUCACUCUACGCAUUACAUGUUUGAAUCAAUUCGCCCAGCCAUAGUUUGUGAAGCGUUGAAAUAUUUAAUUGAAACGCCAUUAUACAUAAAUUUAAUGAAAAAGUUGAUUUUAUUGUGGACAAAGGAUGACAAAAGUAUAGAUUCUGAAUCUGAUCCUGAAGAAGACACGAAUGAUGAGGUAAUGUUAAUUGACCAAAACAAAGAAUUGACAGAUCAAGUUAAAAUUAUUGCACCUGGGCAAGGAAAAACACCUGUUCCAUGGCAUAUGAUAGAAGACAUUGACGAAUUAUGCUUUCCAAAAAUUUUUGGGGGACAUAAAUUAAAUGUGCCAAAAUUUAUUACAUAUAGUGAUCAAGCCAAGUCAGAGAGUAGACGCAGAGAUCGCAGAUCGUGUGUACCUACUAGAAUAUUGUAUAUGGCAAAGAAAAAAUUAGAACAGACUUGCAUUGCAAGUGUGAAUAUAUGUUUACGAAAAACAAAACAGACAAAUAAUCUUAGUGUCGCCAAUGUUUUAAACACAGAGUUCGUAAACAAUUUAGUAAAAUUUGAUGUAGGUUACAAAUUUCUCAAACAAGUGAGAUCUUCUCCUUCUUUCUGGGAAAGUAAGAAAAAAGAUUUAAUGGCGAUGAUUAGACAAUUGGGAAAACCGACAAUAUUCUUAACACUAUCUGCUGCUGAAUCGUGGUGGCCUGAAUUAAUAAAAACAUUGAUUAAAUUAAGUCGCAGUGAAAUCAUAUCGUUGGAAGAAGCCUUGAAUUUAGAUGCUCAUGAAAAAAGUGAACUAAUUCGAAAUGAUCCAGUAACUUGCGCACGCUAUUUUGACUACAAAGUUAACAAAUUUAUGAUAUUAUUGAAACAAAAAGAUAGCAUUUUUGGAAAUUAUUUGCUGGAAGACAGUUACGAGAGAGUGGAAUUUCAAAUGAGAGGAUCGCCUCACGAACACAUUUUUUUGUGGCUGAAAAAUGCACCAAAAUAUGAUCCAUCAAACCCAGAUAGUAUCGAAGAAUGUAUUUCCUUUAUUGAUACAUACAUAACAUGUCAUUAUGACGAAAAGGACCCUUAUAUGGCAGUCCAAAGACAUAAACAUACCAAUACGUGUUACAAAGGUAAAAAAAAUGAACAAAAGUGUAGAUUUAAUUUUCCAUUGCCCGUUAUGCCAAGAACAAUGAUAUUAAUACCAUUGAAUGAUGUCGAAAAGUCUGUAGAGAUGCGAGAAAAUUUAAUGAAAAUUAGAAAACUAAUGAACUACUUUUACAAAAAACAAGAACAAUUAAGUUUUCAGGAAGUUUUAGACAAGUUGAAAUUAAAUGAAAGUCAAUACAUUAACGCAUUAAGAAGCUCUCUGAAAAGAGUACAGGUAUUUUUAAAAAGAAGCAGUUUAGAAGUAGGUAUAAAUAGCUACAACAAAAACAUAUUGCACCUGUUCGAAUCGAAUAUCGAUGUUCAAUUUGUAUUAGAAGAAUACGGUGUUGCUUCCUAUAUCAUUAACUACGUCGGCAAGGUAGAUGCUGGCUUAUCAAAAUUACUUAGGGAUGCUGCCUCCGAUAUGAAUAACGAAAGCAAAAACAUCAAAGAUAAAUUUCGAAAAAUUGCCAAUGUGUUUUUAAACAGUAACUUAAUGUCUGCUCAAGAAGCAUCGUAUCAUGUUCUAUCAUUGCCAUUAUCGAAAAGCAGUCGACAAACAAUUUUUAUAAAUACAAGCCCCAUAAACGAACGAGCAAUGAUGUUGAAAACGACAAAGGAACUUGGUACAUUAGACAAAAACUCGACAGAUGUAUUUAUGGAAAAUAUAUUCGCAAAAUACAGCAACCGUUCAGCAACAAUGGAAAAUACUUGUUUAGCAGAUUUUGUGUCUAUGCAUUCCAAGAAAAAGUUAAACCACGACAACGAAGACAAUCCAAGUGCAGAAUACCAAACAAGGCAAAAACCAGCUAUAAUCAGAUACAGGCGUUAUAAACUAGCUCAAGAUCCAACCAAUUACUAUCGUGAACAAGUUUUGUUAUUUUUGCCAUGGAGAAAUGAAAUCACAGAAAUAGAAAACGCCAAUUGUGAAAAUAUUUACUAUACCAAUGAAAUUGAAAUAGAAGGAAACAGGCAGAAAUAUUCAAUUAUACAUGACGAAAUUCUAGAAAAUGCACUAGAAAAUGCACAAAAUGAAAUUAAUAGUGUAGAACAAGUAGACAUUAACGAUUUUGUUGCCGAUCAAUUAGAGUCAGAUCAGCAAGUAGAUAUUUUAGAACAAGAAGGCAAACAAAUUGUUAAUGAUAAAAAGGUUAAUCGUUUUAGUUGUCCAAAAAGAAUUUCAGGAAAAGAUUUACUAAAGUUAAUGUACGAUUUAAAUGUUUCACAACGCGAAUUUGUAAUGCACGUUUUAAAAUGUAUAAAAGAAAGACACAUUCCAUUAAAAAUUUUUCUCAGCGGUUCGGCAGGAGUAGGCAAGAGCACUGUAAUAAAUUGCUUAUAUCAACUUGUUACACAUUACUUUGACAAUCUUCCGGGUGCAUAUAAAGAUACGUUAAUAGUUUUAUUAUGUGCACCAUCAGGUAAAGCAGCUUAUCUCAUCAACGGUGUAACAUUACAUACUGCAUUUGCGUUACCGGUGUCUCAGUUUGGUGGACAAAUGCCAGAAUUAUCCGCCGAUGUUGCAAAUACAAUCAGAGAAAAACUAUUUAACCUAAAAUUAAUCAUUAUUGAUGAAAUUUCUAUGGUGGGCUCAACACUUUUAAGUCGCGUAGACACGCGCUUGCGACAAAUAAUGGGAAUAAAUCAAACAUUCGGUGGAGUAUCAGUACUUUUAGUGGGUGAUUUAAAUCAGUUGCCACCUGUUAUGGACUCACCCAUAUUUAAAAUUCCGGGAAAAAAUGAAAUGAAACAAUUUUUUGAUGUAAACCCCUUAUGGGAUGAGUUUAAGCUUUUUGAACUAACGGAAAUUAUGCGACAAAAGGACGAAAAACUAUUUAUCGAAGCACUCAAUAAUUUAGCAACAGGUCAAAUGACUACCGAUGAUAUUAAUCUAAUAAAAUCCAGGACAUGCACUGAGGCACAUGUACCUCGGAGUGCAAUUAGAUUAUUUGCAGAAAACAAAAAUGUAGAUUCAUUUAAUGAAAUCAAAAUCGACAUGCAACCCGGUACUGAAUAUAUUUCCGAAGCAAAAGAUACGAUUUUAGGAAAAGUAAGCGAUGUGACCAGAAACAAAGUAAUUGAAUCGCUCAAAUACAAAAGUACCACUGACGUCAACGGUUUACCGUACAAAAUAAAAUUUAAAUUAGGCAUAAAAUAUAUGCUAACAAACAACAUUGAUGUUGAGGACGGACUAGUAAACGGAGCAUGUGAUUUUAGUCGUUCGCGAAGAAUAACGCGUCAAAUGAUGUAUGUAGCAUUAAGCAGGGUAACAAAACUGUCAGGGUUGUAUAUUUUGGGUGAAUUUAGACCACCAAAAUUAACCAAAAGACAAGAUGACCCGAUUUUGUCCGAAUUAAACCGAUUAAGAAUGGAAAGAAAAUUACACUUGUGCUUUAAUGAUUUAAGACAAACUAAUGGUAUGACAGUAAUUUACCAAAACGUAUGUUCUUUGACAAAAAAACUUAAAUAUAUAUUGAAAGACGAAUGGUAUCAAAAAGGUGACAUAUUGAUACUUUCAGAAACAUUAACCCAAACAAGUGAUACAAUUAGAAUUCCCCACUUUAAAGAAAUAUUUAGAUCCGAUACAAAUGGUUGUUCUCGUGGAGUAAUUUGUUUUGCAAAAAACAAUAUUUUAAUUACUAAUAUUCAUCAUGUGCUUGAUAUGAAUGAUAAAAAAUCAUGUCACGUGGAAUUAUUCAGUUUCAAAAUCAACGAUUUUUACAUUGUAAGUGGAUACAAAUCACCAUCAUGUCCAAAUCAUGUGUUUGAAAAAAUGUUUGAUCAAAUAUUAAGUGAAAGAACACAAACAAACUCUGAAACUGUAAUAAUAGGAGAUUUUAAUUUUAACAUGCAAUAUCAUCCUGAUGUAUCAGUUAUUAGCAAAAUGUUCAAUAAAUAUAAUUUACAUACAUUACUUCCACAAGAUCUAUCAACAACUGAGAUGAAUACUCAAAUUGAUGUAAUAUUUUCAACAUAUUCGUUUAUGAUAGCUGAUAUAUACGAAACUUACUUUUCAUAUCAUAAACCAAUUUUUGUUGUUUUAAACAAUGAACAGAAAGAUUUGAAAAAUGACGCGAUUAUUCAGUCAAAAAAAAAUAUUGAAUACACAACACAAAAUACAAGUUUCAAUAUGAAAUAUGUCAAUGACGAAAAUAAUGAAAAAAUUUUCGAUUCGCAUACAGAGAAACAUGUACAUAAUAUUCAUUUAACUGUUCCUGAUAUAAUGACAAUACUCUCAGAAAUCUACAAUAUAGAUACGACAAUAUCUGUAAUCGAUUAUCGAUUCGCUUUACAGGCAAUAUAUUGCAAAUAUGAAAAUUUUAUUAACGCAUUAAAAAGAGAUAUAGCUCAAGUUGAAAGAGCAACUUUUAAUAAUCAUCCUUUAGAUUAUCACAGAAAAGAUAAAUUAUAUUUUAAUGCACUUGAAGAGAGAGCUAAAAUAGUUAAAACUGAGGGCGACGGUUCUUGUUUAUUUAGAUCAUUUUCUCUAUGUAUCUUUGGAAUAGAAAAAUUCCACAUAAAUAUGCGUGUUUUAUGUUGCUUUAUUUUUGAAGAAUAUUGGUCAGAAUUCGAUAGAAUCGUCGUAAAUCUAAGUGACUAUACUUGUAUGAAAAUUUUAAUACACAAUACAGCUGAUAUUAGAGUUUGGGGCGAUGCUAUACAUACCAAGGCUAUUUCAGUAGCCUCGCACCGCAAUAUUUACCUGUAUAAUGAAAUAAAUGAAAAUGAUAAAGACAGAUACAGUACAUUUGAAGACCUACAAAGGAAAUGCGACGCCAAUCAAUUAAAUACAAUACAUUACAUAUUUCCAUCUAAUGUACCAGGCAAUAUUUUAGAAACGGUUGACAUAUUAAAACCAAUUGCAGUGUUAUUAACAGACAUAGGUACUAAUUCCGCUCACUAUUCUGCAGUUCUUCCAAUCCAUUACGAAUCGCAACUUUUGCGACCAAAAUUUUAUGGUGAUAGAAUACAAGUUGAUAGUGAACCAGAAGCACCAAAUAGCAUUAUCGAAAUUUCAGAUUAA